AUGAAGACGGAAAUUCAGCUAGGACCGGCGGAAAUGGUGGCGGAAGAACAUUUAAUGGCAGUAUUCAAUCCGAAUCCAGUAGCGGCAAUCGAUCCGGAAGCGGGCAUGCGGAUGGCUUUGGUACAGAAGGCGAAAAUGGCUACGGAAGCAUGGAACAGCUUGAAGAUGGCAUUCCAGGAGUGCGGCAGGUAUCGCAAGAUCAAUUUGCUACGGAAGCUGACUCGUUUGGAACUCGAAGAUUGCUCGUCAGUGGAGGAGUACGUGAAUGAAAUAAUGUCUACUAGUCAUAAACUCGACGAAAUCGGAUUCAAGUUAGAUGACGAAUGGCUCUCAUUGAUUUUGUUAAUGGGUCUACCAGAACGAUAUGAACCCAUGAUCAUGAGCAUGGACGCAUCAGGAGUUAAUUUGACGGCAGAUAUAGUCAAGUCAAAAAUAUUGCAGGACGUGACGCUAGAACGCAGUGGUGGUGCUUCCGGAAAUUCAUCUGGGGCGUUACUAACAGGCAAUAACAAGAGCCAAUCGAAGAAGAAGGACAAAUCGAACGUAAAAUGCUUCAAGUGCGACAAACUUGGUCAUUAUGCAUCGGAGUGUCGACAGAAAUCUAAGGUGAACGGAAAUUCUGGUCGGCAUAAGCAGGCGGCUUUGCUGGCAUGA